AUCAGCCACUGUUUCAUCUGCUCUUGCGUAUGCAUGGAUCAUGAUUUGACAGCUGUCAGGAGCAGCUGCAUUCUAGGGCACUGCCAUAAGAGUUGUCUAUCAGUUCGCAAGUGAUCGAGCCGUUGUCCCCCGGUUCUCGAUAUGCCCAUGAUCACAAGGCUGGAGCUAGCACAUAUCGCCAGGAGCAAAACCCGACCAGAUGGAUGAAAAAGCUACAAUUGCUCUGCAAUAUGGGCACUUGGGAAAAUCAAUUUACAAUUCGGAGACACAGAGUUGGGGAUUUUCGCGAACAUUAGCCCCGUCAUCUUGUAUCUCCUAUACCGGUGUGACCAAAAUCACAAUACCAUCGCCUCUGACUGCGCCACAGAUCUCGCCGAUCGAAAAAAAAUAUUUCUUGCCUAGAGUCUACCCUGAGCUUGCAGCUUGUUGGCCUCUAUCCAACAAUGAGACACUCUCCCAUGCCAUCACGACUUGCGAAACAUGUGACCCUCUGGUUUCUUCGCUUUUUGAUAUCGGCUAUGCUGUCGAUCUUGAAACUAACGACUCGGGGAGCCGGGUAGUACCAAUUGCCGUGGUAGCAUCUGGAGAGUGUGGCAACACUAUCUCCUUCCGGAAAAUCGAAGAUGAUGCUGUGGAACUCCGAAGAAAGACAAAUACCUCAAUUCGCGUUCCCGCGAUUGGACAGACGGAGAGCAUUGAGUGGUCUGCAGGAGGGGCUCCUGUCCGUCAAAUCUGUUUUGCGCGAACGGUGGAGGAAAAGGCAACGUGGAUGGCAGCUCGUUUGCCCCAUUCGACGAUAAUAUUCCGGCCACAAUAUCAUCGAAACCCGGUGCCCGUGCUUGUAUCGCAUGACGGUGACCAUCUGUUGCCCAUUCGUUCUCGCAAGUCUCGCUUAGAUGCAAACCCAUUAGUGGAGAUAUUGAACACGCAGACUGGGGGGUUUGCGCAUGCAGAUGUCACCUUCAACCCUUGGUAUCAAAAGCAAUUUGCCAUCGUCGACGAACGAGGCAAUUGGAGUGUCUGGGAAGUAUCCGGUCGACACAGGCGUACCAAGGGUAAUUGGACAGCCGUGUCUGUCAAAUCCGGCGUACUGCCGUGGCUCGACUUGGAGGACGCUCAAGAUAUUGAUGAAGACCCUCGGCAUGAUGGAUGGGCUGCUAUUGAAUGGGCCGGAGAUGUCAACAGCUUUAUUGUUUCCGAUCGACGCUGCCCGAUGCUUUACCGCAUGGAAAGUGGCCAGGUUUAUCCGUAUACGAUAGAGCUUGGUUUGAAGCGAAGAUCGGAAUGGAUACUUGACGUCAAGAGAAGUGCUUCAAAUGUGUCGCAUGCUUUCAUCUUGACAACCACUCGGAUAUUCUGGCUAGAUAUUACUUCUAGCCCUGAUCCGACAAUUGCAACUGAGAGCGAUUCGCGACCCCCUUUGUACCCCCGUCUGUCAUGGCGUCAUUUCCGGGAUCCCGAGGACAUCACGUUACGACUGGCUUCUCUACCUAUGGACGAAGAGUUCUACCUGGUUUUAUACUCUCGCCUAAACCAUCUUGCGCUAGCAUUUCAUUGUCCAUCUUCUUCCCUAGAAUCAACGGAUGCGAUAUCGAUCCCUGACCCCUUCAUAAUGGAGAUCCCAUCGUUAUCCCGAGAUUCCGUGGAGUCACAACCCUUCAAUGACAUGCAGCUUUCAACUCUUGUAUUCAAGGAGAUCACGCAUCUGCCGUCGUCCGUCGGCAAACAGUAUUAUGAUCCUCAUGCUAGACUCAUCAAGCUUUUCGUGGUUGAUUCGGGCCUCACUGUUUGCGAAUCAAUCUACGCUGGACCCUCCCGUGACGGUGAUGCGGAUGAGGAAUUGUUCUCAAGAGAGGUGCUGCGGGUAAAGAAACGGCACCAAGGAGUGCAGCGGGUGCAGAUAGCUUUCUCUCAAGAUGAUUUCGUAGUAGAUGACAUGGAGGGAUCUGCGAUGGGAACGGGGAUGCUCACAGCCCCAGACACUGGGAUGUCUAGCAUAACGCCACUUGUGAUUCCCCAAUGGACUCUUGACUACACUCAAGCAUAUGAAGUUGCUACUGGGAGGUUAACGUUAUUGCCAAGAGAAGAAGACUAUCGCAGACAAACCCCCGAAAGAGGCUUUCAGGAAGCUCUCCAAGAGCUAGAGGUGAUAGUCAGUGGUGGCACGAUGAACGACCACCAGACAAGUCGUACAGGGCUCGAGGCUCUUGGUAGCAGUCCCUUGCUGGACGAUAUCGACCAAAACUCCCACAGUCUCCAGAGUUUUCUUUCCAAUGAGCAUCCAGCUCUCUUGCUUGAGAAGCAAGUUGAUCGCCAACGAGGUGGCCUUCUUAGCCCGCUAUUAUUUCCGUCAGCCGGCUUUACGGAAGGCGUUUCAUCAUUGAAUCUUCUGGCAAUUUAUGAUCAUCUCGUAAAUGACUGGCUGGCUGGCCUGCCCUACGAUAUCCCCGGGCGCACGAGAAUCAUGAAAGAGAACAUCAUCCGUGGUGUUGCCGCUGACCUGAUUCUGGCACAUCUACGCAUCAAAGUGCAGCAGGCCUACACCGUUGAUGAGGUGGACGCCAGCGGGUGCACAGUCUCCGGAGAUGCUCCGUCAUCGUUGAGCACUCCUAUAGACGACCCCUUAUAUGCAUCGAGCUUUAGAAAUGCGAUAAACGCGUAUCAGCGAUCAGACUUGCCUGGCAAUGGUAACCUAGAGGAUCUAGGUAGCAGCGAGUCACCCGGAAGUACUCGGGUUCGUGGGGAAACAGAGGUUGAGAGCCCAGGGAAUAUACAUUCGACGUAUGCCAGUCUCUCGGCGUUUACGACUUUUAAUCGUGAGCGGGCUUUGCCUCGGACUGUGGCGAGCGUGUUACGCCAUUGGCAACCCGGGACUGACCCAGCCGGCUAUAAUUGGCAAAGGACGGUACAGAUGCAGGCAACGGAGGAAUCGCAACCGACUUCGAAGGCCGCAACUCCGAAACGCCGACCACGCAAGAAGAUGCCUUCAUCUCAAGGGACCAACUUGAACGCCUCUGCACCUCCUCCAAUGUCUUCCAUUCCCUCGGAUGCGCGGGGAUGGGGAAGCCAGCCGGAGAACAGCGAGGCCCCGGUGUUGAGGCUACCGAGUAGUCAAGCUGUAGAAGAGGAUGUGCCGAUGACGCAGAUCGAGCGAGGUACGUUUGGUGGUCGAGAGGCCGGGCGAAAGAGCGUCGUGAAGGCACGUAAGAAGAAGCGAGCGGCCGGGUUUUAGGGCUGUUCGAAAUAUAGAUCAGCGUUAAAAAGGAUAUAGACAUCCAGACACCCAAUAGACGCUUAGAAACCGGAUUGGUAAUAAGAUGAGCGAUUUCUGCGCCUUCUCACCCCGCCACGAUCCAGCCAGGUUGGAAGUAUAAGAAUGACCCGGUUUCUCAUCCAUUUCCUCCUCAGAAUCUUUCCCAAUAGGACUGUUGCGAUUACAGCUGCUGUUUAAGUU